AUGUAUUUCUUAAAACCUCAAGUACUUGCUAUCUGUCUGCUUGUAGCAGUCUGCUACGUGGAAGGACAUCCAACUCCCGAUGAAGCUGGUAAAACAAUGACCGUUGCUUUAGAGGAACCUCUUGAUGGAGCUAUGAAUGCACAAGUAGACCAGGGAAUGGCAUCUCAUGUCGAGCCACCCGCUAACAACCAAAAUGUGGAAGAUCGUAAAGCCAAGUGCAUAUUCUGCCCAUAA